AUCUCUGUGGCUCCGGGGCGGAUCCAAAAUGGCGUCUGUUGCAGCGGCCCUGCAUUAAAACGAAGCGGCGACUGAAUGAAGUCAGCUGACCUCAGCCCCCUGUCACGCAUCGUUUCUCCUGAAGGAAGACAGUAAAACACCAGUUCCCCGCUAAGGCUUGUGACUUAUAAUCUUAAGAUGGACUUCUCUAAACUGCCCAAGAUCAGGGAUGAGGAGAGGGAGAGCCAGUUUGGAUAUGUCCAUGGAGUCUCUGGUCCUGUGGUGACGGCCACUGCCAUGGCAGGAGCUGCCAUGUACGAGCUGGUCCGUGUCGGUCACAGUGAGCUGGUGGGAGAAAUCAUCAGAUUAGAGGGUGACAUGGCCACGAUCCAGGUUUACGAGGAGACUUCUGGUGUUUCUGUUGGAGAUCCAGUGCUGCGGACAGGAAAACCUCUCUCUGUGGAGUUGGGUCCUGGCAUCAUGGGCUCCAUCUUUGAUGGUAUCCAGCGACCCUUGAAGGACAUCAACGACCUCACACAGAGCAUCUACAUCCCCAGAGGUGUUAACAUUGGAGCACUUAACCGAGACCUAAAAUGGGAGUUUACGCCCAGCAAGAGCCUGCGGGUUGGCAGUCACAUCACUGGAGGAGACAUCUAUGGGCUGGUGUAUGAGAACUCUCUAAUCAAGCACAAGAUCAUGCUGCCUCCCAAAAACAGAGGAACUGUGACAUAUGUAGCGCCACCUGGAAACUAUGACAUUUCUGAUGUGGUGAUGGAGCUGGAGUUUGAGGGCGUGAAGGAGAAGUUCACCAUGGUUCAGGUGUGGCCAGUCCGACAAGUGCGUCCUGUCACGGAGAAGCUGCCGGCCAAUCACCCGCUCCUCACAGGACAGAGAGUCCUGGAUGCUCUUUUCCCGUGUGUACAGGGAGGAACCACUGCCAUCCCAGGAGCUUUCGGCUGUGGCAAGACUGUCAUCUCCCAGUCCCUCUCCAAGUACUCCAACAGUGAUGUCAUCAUCUAUGUGGGCUGUGGGGAGCGUGGUAACGAGAUGUCUGAAGUACUGAGAGACUUCCCUGAGCUGACAAUGGAGGUGGAUGGAAAGACUGAAAGCAUCAUGAAGAGAACUGCUCUGGUGGCCAACACUUCCAACAUGCCUGUGGCUGCCAGAGAAGCCUCCAUCUACACUGGAAUCACACUUUCUGAGUACUUCAGAGACAUGGGGUACAACGUAAGCAUGAUGGCUGACUCCACCUCACGUUGGGCUGAGGCUCUUAGGGAGAUUUCAGGCCGUCUGGCUGAGAUGCCUGCUGAUAGUGGUUAUCCUGCCUACCUGGGCGCCCGUCUAGCCUCCUUCUACGAGCGAGCUGGCCGGGUCAAGUGUCUGGGUAACCCUGAGCGAGAGGGUAGUGUCAGCAUCGUUGGCGCUGUAUCGCCUCCUGGUGGUGAUUUCUCUGACCCAGUUACAUCAGCUACACUUGGUAUUGUUCAGGUGUUCUGGGGGUUGGAUAAGAAACUUGCUCAGAGGAAACACUUCCCUUCGGUGAACUGGCUCAUCAGCUACAGCAAAUACACCCGUGCUCUGGACGAGUACUACGACAAGCACUUCCCUGAAUUUGUCCCACUGCGCACCAAAGCCAAGGAGAUCCUGCAGGAAGAGGAGGACCUAGCUGAGAUUGUACAGCUUGUCGGAAAGGCUUCGUUGGCUGAAACAGAUAAAAUCACUUUAGAGGUGGCCAAACUGCUUAAGGAUGACUUCCUGCAGCAGAACGGCUACACUCCCUAUGACAGGUUCUGUCCAUUUUACAAGACCGUGGGAAUCCUCUCCAACACGAUUGCUUUCUACGACAUGGCACGGCACGCCGUAGAGACCACUGCUCAGAGUGACAACAAGAUCACCUGGGCCAUGAUCCGGGAGCACAUGGGUGAGAUCCUCUACAGGCUCAGCUCCAUGAAAUUCAAGGACCCAGUGAAGGAUGGCGAGGCCAAAAUCAAGGCCGAGUACGCACAGCUGCUGGAGGACAUGCAGAAUGGCUUCCGUACUUUGGAGGAGUAGUUGUCUCUGUCCAUCCACAUCACCCCCUUCCACAAAUCACAUUCCAACACCUCAUAUUCCUGUGUGCUUCCCUGUGAUCCUUUUUUGUGAAAGACCGUGUGAUUGCAACUUGAUAUAGAGGAAACGGGGAAGUUGUACUGUACUCAUGACUAUUUGUGGCCUCCGAUUGGCUUACUCUGGAUCCUCUGCUCGGUCGUCGGUGCGUGUCUGUGUGAAAGAGGAAUUUCUUCCCACUUUGUUUACAUCUUUUCCGUCUGUAGUCGUGUUCCUGCAGUUUGGUUGAUGUAUUGUAAUCAUGAGCAUCUGUACAGAAGAGUAUUGAAUAUAACUUUAAUAAGAUCACUCUAUUUAUUGCCAGCAUAAUGACGUAAAGGCUUUGUUGUCCCCAUUUUUGUUUUAUGGUUGUGUUCAUGCAGUGCAGUGUUGUUGUGUGUGUUUGCUGUAUGAAUGUGUAAGAGCUGGCCAUCUACCAUCAUGUUACUCUCGAGGAAUUAAAACAUGAUAAA